CUUGUUUCUCUUUUGCAGGUACAAGAGACUCCAUACGUCGCCUAACAUCAUACUCGCCAGUCUUGCUUUCUCAGACACUAUUAUGUCUUCUAUCGAUAUGUGUUUUGUAUCAGUUUCCAGUUUCUCUGGCCGCUGGGUGUUUGGUGUUGUUGGUUGCAAAGCUUACGGCUUUAUAGUAUCGGUAGUGAGUAUAUUAUCCAUAUGCUGUUUAACACUCAUCGCUAUCGACAGGUAUAUUGUAAUUGUGAAAGGCUGGAUGAAUUAUGGAAGUUCGAGAAAAAAAUCAGCCUAUGUGUCUAUUCUUAUUGCUUGGAUAUACACACUAGCAUGGUGUAUAUGUCCUUUAUUCGGAUGGGGCGACUACAUCCUUGAAGGCAUAGGAUCGUCUUGCACCUUCGACUACAUCACACGGACACCACAAAACAGAUCAUAUAUGUUAUGCUUGAAUAUUUUUGUUUUCUUUCUCCCUAUUGUUAUUAUCCUCAUUUGUUACACUAACAUUAUUAUAGCAAUGUACAAACACAAAAAAGACAUGCAAAACAUCGCGGCUGGUUCACGCAAGCGACAGGGAAACAAAAUGAGUGUUGAACUCAAAACUGUGCGGUCAUUGGCUGCAGCCAUUAUUCUCUUCUGCGCUGGUUGGAUGCCUUAUUCAGUAUUAUCUUUAAUAGCUCAGUUUGGGAACACAGAUAUCAUUACAAGAGCAUCGACCGGCUAUCCAGGAAUUGCAGCAAAGUGCAUAACGUGUGCAAAUCCUUUCUUCUACGCAUUAAGCAAUCCAAUAUUUUUUAAAAGACUUAAAAUUUUUGUAUCCUGUGGAGACGAGAAAGCUGGCAGACGAGUGAGUUCAUUCCAGACGAGCAAAUCGUGGGUAGAUAAAGAUACUCAAAUGAAAAAUUGUCAGGCAUUUAGCAGCGUCAGUGGAGAUGCCAGCGCCGAAGUUGAAACUCCACAAACAGAAGAAGAGGCCAAAAAACAACUGCAGCAAAACAGUGAUUCCUUAAACAAUACGAAGCAAGAAACGAUAGAAUUUACUGCAAUGGGAGAAGCAAAAGACGAAAAUCCUGAUAAGGAAUCGGAGACAGUCUAAAGUGUAUUGAAAUGUGUUGAAGCUUUCAGUUAUAUUCAGAAAUGGAAGUAAAAUGAUUUCUUGCGGGAAUAGAUUUCUGCGGCGCAGUGCAUUAAAGAGAAAAAAAAAGGCUUAAACGUACAUAAAUGGAUACGUGUGAAUACAUACACAGAUACGUGCACUGACUAUAUGAAUGCAUACUACAACACACUGGCAUACAGAAGAUACAAACCGUACAAACAUGCAUGCAGGCAUACAUGCGUACGUACAUAUCUACAUUCACUAACACACACACACACACACACACACAUAUACAUACAGAUACAUA